AUGAAGCUAUCCGUCCUCGCCGGCAUCGCCCUCUUCAGUAGUUCAGCUCUUGGCUUGAUGAGAUGGGAAUGCAGACAGACACCGAACUCUGGUUGGGGCGCGUCCAACUGCUCUCCAGAUGACCAACGUCAGUGCACCACUUCAGCGUGUAACAGCAACUGUCAGCGCGGCGCUCCUUGGAGCAACGCCCGCGGAUAUGCAAACGUAGACCUUGGGGAUGCUUGCGACUGCUAUUGCUGGAAUUGA